GCGUUCUGCUUGCCUAUUGGUUAAAGCCCUCGCAGUUAAAAUUUUUAUCGAAAUAAAACACGAUAAACCUGGAUUUCUCAUCAUCCAACGAAUGUCCUGGGUCAUCUAAUCUAACUCAUAUAUUUUUAAUGAAUUUAUUAAAACAGUGUUUCACCGUAAUACCGCGAUGGUGGUUCGAAAGAUUUUGAAUCCUGUGUUUUAUUUUCAUCUGUAGCUGAACGAAAUCAUCAUCGCAAACUCAUCAGAAAAAGAUAUUUCAAAAUGAAAUCUACUUUACACGGGGAAGAAUAAUGGGCAAUCAACCGACUAUGAAAUUUUUGUCGCGAUGAAUUUUCCUAAGCUCGUACCUAUACUAUUGAUACAUACGUUUAUAUUUUGCCUGAACACGAACUACUCAAAUGCAAAAUCAGGUAAGGAAACGUGGAAAGUGUUUUCAGAUGAAAACGCCAUAUGGUUCAAUCACUUGGCGGUAGAUGAAUAUGGAAGAUGGGUAUAUAUAAGCAGAUAUAACCAUAUCUAUCAAUUAUCAACGGAUCUCGAACUACAAAUUAAUUACACUAUUUCGGAACUCAGUCCUUUAGAUUGUACUGCUCCCAACUGUUCACAUAAAUUGAUACGAAAUACGACAACGUCCAAUCGGAACGAAGUGCUAGUAUUGGACUAUCAGAAUCAGCAACUAAUAUCGUGCGGUAUUUUUUUCGAUGGUAUCUGUCAUGCUCACGAUAUGAGUAAUAUUUCGAAAAUCAGGACAAUUACGUUUGAACCUGUAGCCGGGGAAAUUGAACUUUAUAGGUCAACAACUGUAGCCUUCAUAGCUCCCACUUUACUAAAGAAUUCAUCAACACCACUAUCAACAUUGUACAUUGGUUUCGUUCCUGCCUAUAAUGAAAGUUUGAUACAAACAGUAACUAUCAAAAAUCUAGAACGAGAACAUUUUUCAUCAGCUCUUACACAAAAUACUGCCUUUCGUUUUACGAUAAACAAGUGUCCCUUGGAUCGCUACGAUGGAUUAAUUUAUGGUUUCAGUUUCCAAAAUGUCGGCUAUCUUAUCACCGAGAACUAUUUGUAUGAUUUGAAUAAUCGGGUAGGUGAGUAUCCAAUUGUGACAGAUACUCAUAAAGACAUCAAUUCGUGCAAGAGAGUUCCCAUAAUGUGCAAUUCGGGUCCAAGUGGAACACUAAUUAUAGGAGACAUCACACAGGUCUACAUCCAAAAGCGAAAUCCAGAUUCUGGUUCAAAAACAGAUUCACAUGAAAUGGAGGAAAAAAUCAUGUUCACACUAAUACUACAAUAUGAUCACGAUGAUUUGACGAUAAGCACCUCCCGAGUAUGUAGGUAUCAAAUAAAUAAAUUACAUUCCCAGUUUCAAAAGAAUGAAACGGUGGUUGGAGACCUGAUAUAUUCGCAUCGACGUAAAAAUAUACGGGUGACAGCAAUGGUAGUUACCUCAAUUAACAAUCACACAAUCGUGUUUUUUGGUACCACAGACGGUCAGCUAGAGAAAAUAUCGAUAAAAGGAGUCGAUUCGCUCGAUUUGUCCACUGCAAAUAAAUAUGCAGAGAUAACGAUUGAUGCGGAAAGCAGGGUAUAUGAUAUGCUAUUUGAUUUAACAAUGAACUUUUUAUAUGUGAUGACCAGCAAUAAACUCAUCAAAGUCAAAAUACAUAAUUGCAACGAAUAUAACACAUCACACGUAUGCUGGACGAUGAAAGAUCCUUAUUGUGGAUGGUGUUUUCCCAGUAAUAAAUGUUGUUUCAAAUCAGAAUGUGAUGUUGAACAAAAUCCCAUCAACUGGGUCUCCUACAAUAUCGAUAAAUGCAUAGACGCAUCUUCAAGUCCCGCAGACGAAUUCUCAAGAACGGCGGAAUCGAAUGUAACUUUCAAAUUAAUAACCCCGCAUCCGUUCAUCAACCAUACAAUAAUAUGUGUAUUCGAAUUUGGCAAUUUCUCUAUCAAUACAACAACCAUGUGCAAUGAAAAUACCAUCAACUGCGUAACACCUUCACCUAAUCAUUUACCUCCAACACCCAUCGAUAAACAUUCCAUAGAAGCUGAGCUAACAGUCCUAUUUCAAAAAAUGCACGUUAUAUUUUACGAUUGUAGUACAUAUGAAACUUGUUCAUCAUGUAUGAGUUCUCCUUAUCCGUGCAAGUGGUAUGUGAAUAAAUUUAGGUGCACGGAUAGUGAAAUUUGGAAAGAGGAUGAUAUAGUAAUAGGCAUGCAUCUUGACAGCUCCAAUUUCCUUCAACCGAAUAGUAGAUCAUUAUAUAAUGGAACUAAAUUCUCAAAGCACUCGAUGUAUUGCCCACAGUUUUUCACCGAAGAUAAAUCAGACAUUUACAUACCUGCCAACACAGUGAAGAGAGAACAAAUACAAGUACGUUAUAAGAUCCCAAUGUUUUUAAAUUAUGAAAAAUUUACAUGUAAAUUUGCAUUCGAUUCUAAAAAAGAGAAGACACAAUUUGGUCAUCUAGAAAGCAGUUAUUCUGCAGGAAAUGCUUCGAAAGAGGGAGAAUUGAAGUGUAAUGAUGAGAUAUUUGCAUAUACUGAAUCGAAACCUUUCAUAACAGUCGAACUGUCUAUUUUAUGGAACGGAUCCAAAGCACUUGACAACACGUACAACACACGUAUUAUCGUGUAUAAAUGCGCCGUUCUGGGCGAUCAAUGCACAACGUGUCUAAAUAAGAACUACUCGUGUAAGUGGAAUUCAGCAACUGGAGAAUGCAUGUACUACAGCUCAGAUGAUGAAUCCACCGUAACUGAUCUCUGGCUGCAAGAUAUACAGGACUGUUCAAGUUCAAAUUCGACAAAAUUUCAAAAAAGCUUGCAAAAAAACCAAUCGACAAAUCGGUUAACCAAAAACAUCCAAAAUUCAACAACAUUUGAAAAAAGCCAGCGACAAAACCAAUCAACAAAUUGGUUAACGGAAAACAUCCAUUUAAUAAUAAUCCUAAUAGUGGCAGUAACAUUCGCUGUAGUCGCAGCAUUCGUGAUUUAUUAUAGAAAGUCUGCAGUUAGAUCGCGAAAAAUGCAACAACAAAUGAAUAAAAUGGGUAUGCAAAUGAUCGCUAUGUCACAAUGCGUAAAACGCGUCGUAAUUGAAAACGAAAUCAAGCUGGACAAAAAUGAAUUAGACAUACUGAGAUUACCAAAUGUCUCCAUCGUAUACGAAUCCUAUCCAGUAUUGGAUGCAAAUGAAAUGGCACCAAGGGCGGAAUAUGAAUUACCGCUGGAUGAAACGUGGGAAAUUCCUCGGGAAAAUGUUGUUCUGGGCGAAUUUCUAGGAGAAGGAGAGUUUGGAAGAGUUGUCAAAGGAAAUGUUUCAGGCCACUUACAGCAACACAACGCCACAACAGUAGCAGUGAAAAUGUUGAAAAAUAACCACAAGGACAAAGAUUUGGUCAAUUUAGUGACCGAAAUGGAACUGAUGAAACUAAUUGGCAGACAUGACAAUGUAAUAAGUCUACUCGGAUGUUGUACACAAAAUGGGCCCUUGCUCGUCAUCAUCGAAUACUCUCCUCAUGGAAAUUUACUCGAUUUCCUCAGAAACUACUACCAACCUUCAACAUCUAGAGAAAAUGAUUUGACUGAAAAAGUCCAGCUUACAUUUGCUCUACAAAUAGCAAGAGGCAUGGAAUACUUGGCUUCUAUAAAACUAAUUCACCGAGACCUCGCUGCUCGAAAUAUCCUGAUAUUUGACGACUACGUGCUGAAAAUAGCUGAUUUUGGAUUAGCCAAAGAUAUUCGAAAUGCUGACUACUAUAAACAAAAGUCCAAAGGUAGAUUACCUGUAAAAUGGAUGGCACCUGAAACUUUAACGCACCGACGUCAUUCCACACAAUCUGAUGUGUGGUCGUACGGUAUUUUGCUUUGGGAGAUUGUGACCUUUGGGGCAGUUCCAUACGCUACGUACGACGAUGCAGAGAAAUUACUUCAAGACAUCGGCUCGGGGUACCGUAUGAAAAAACCUGAAGAUUGUUCAAUGGACAUGUACUGCCUAAUGGUUAAAUGCUGGGACCAUUUUCCAGAAAAUCGACCAGACUUUACAAAAAUCAUUCAUGAUUUAGAAGCCAUACUGAAAAAGAUGGAUGCAGUAAUUGAAGAAUCGGAUUCGGAUUGCUCAAGCAUUAGUUCAGUAUCCAGCCACAAGGCAAAUGAAACCAAUAGUUUACUGUCAGACACUUCUAGUAAUCGUGGAAAAUGAACAGAUUUUUUUUUCAAACAUUUCAGAACAUUUUAUGUGAAGAACUUAGGCUAAAUUCAAUUUAACCAAAUGUACAUAAUAUUUUGUAGGUAAAUUUAAUAAAAUGUUCCCCUUUAAUACGAGGCAUAAUGUGUAGACGUACCCAGAUAUCUCUUGCAACUAUAAGCUGAAGGUAUUAAAUUCAAUAUUAUGUACUUUUUCAUAAUUUUUCAUUCAAUUAUAAAAUAUACCUACGUAAGUAUAAUUUUGCAACUGGAUGAUU